AUGCUGUACAAGCAGUUUGUCGCUGCCGCCCUCUGUGGUGCGGCAGCCAUUGACUCGGCGCUGGCCAGUCCUUUUGAUGGUGGACGACUCCUCAGCAGGAGGGACGUGCCUAGCACGCAUGUCCGUCACGAGAGGCAGAUGCCUCACUGGUCCUGGACUUGGGAGAAGAAGCAGAAGGUCAAGAAGUCCACCGUCCUUCCAAUGAGAAUCGGACUGCGACAGCCUGAGGAUAAGCUACAGGAAGGCCGCGACCUUCUGGCAGAAAGGUCAAACCCUUUGUCCCCAUAUUACGGUCAGAGCAUGACUGCUCGUGAGGUCAUUGACUUCUUUGCGCCUCCGAAGGAGAGUGUAGAGGUUGUUAGAGACUGGCUCGUUGCCGGCGGGAUCGAUGUAACUCGGAUUUCACAAUCAGCCAACAAGCAGUGGAUUCAAUUUGACGCCACGGUUGCGGAGGUCGAGGAUAUUCUGUUCACGGAUUACUUCUACUGGGAGCACAGCUCGACUGGCAGCGAAAACAUCGCCGCUGAGGAGUAUCAUAUUCCCUCCCACGUGCAAACCCACAUCGACUGUAUCCGACUUCGUGCCGAUCCAGGUCGCGUUCGCCGUCUUAAGCGUCGCGCUGAGGUCGAUCAACUCGGCAAGCGCGCAGUAAAGGCCAUGAAUACCGGAGUCGAUGUCAUCGGCCCAGACGCCUCUAGCCUCCCGCCCCUGAACAGCUCCAUAUGCGACUCGUACGUCACACAGGAGUGCAUCCGAACGCAGUACAGCAUCCCCAAAGGCGACAAGGCUGCCGAAGGUAACGAGCUCGGCGUCUUCGAGUCUCUGGGCGAUCACUACGCUCAGGAUGAUCUUGAUGUAUACUGGUCCACUUUAUAUCCGGAAAUUCCAAACGGCACUUAUCCCAUCGAAAAGGGCAUCGACGGUGCUUAUGGUGCUGCCAAGUCACUGGCGGCGGCUGGUGUUGAGUCAGACCUAGACUUCGAGGCUGCUCAGCCUCUCAUCUGGCCCCAAAAGACGAUCCUCUUCCAGACCGACGACGAGUACUACCAGCUAAACGAGACUGCUUCUGACACUCCCUUCAAAGGUUUCUGGAAUACUUUCUAUGAUGCCCUGGACGGGAGCUACUGCACGUACAGCGCAUAUGGCGAGACCGGCAACUGCGUUCUUCCCGAGUGUCUGGACCCAGCGUACCCGGACCCCAACCCAGGUGGCUACACAGGACAGCUCCAAUGCGGAGUCUAUGAGCCCACGAACGUGAUCAGCAUUUCGUACGGUGGCGGCGAGUCUGACGUCCCAAGCUACUACACCAAGAGGCAAUGCGACGAGAUCAUGAAGCUGGGUCUGCAGGGGACGACCGUUGUGAUCAGCUCCGGUGACGAUGGUGUGGGCUCCUUCGAGGGCGACGGGGGCGCGAAUGGCUGUGCCGGGCCCGAAGGAAAAGUCUUCUACCCAGAUAGUGAUGCGACCUGCCCGUAUGUCCUAGCUGUUGGAUCGACGCAGUUGGACAAGGUGUCUGGCAAUUCGUCAACACCAGAGUAUGUCGAGAGUGCCACCGCCAGGUUUCCUUCAGGUGGCGGCUUCAGCAACUACUUUGAUGCUCCAGAUUACCAGAAAGACCAAGUCGCGACUUACUUCGACUCAGUCACGUUGAACUUCACUGGCUACACGGACCCAGGCACCAACUUCUCGGCCGUCGGCGACGGCGUCUACAAGAUAGGUGGCCGUGGAUAUCCCGAUGUGUCUGCCAUCGGUGACUCUUUUGUUGUCCGCGCGCAAGGCUCUUGGGGCCGUAUCGGCGGCACGUCUUUGUCUGCACCAAUCUGGGCUGCCGUCUUGACCAGAGUCAACGAGGAAAGAAUUGCGGCUGGGAAGAGCACCCUUGGCUUCGUGAACCCAACCCUGUAUGCCCAUCCCGAGGUCUUUACAGAUGUCACUAAUGGGUCCAACCCCAACUGCUUUUCCACGGGCUUUUUGGCUGCUCCCGGCUGGGAUCCCGUGACCGGACUAGGUUCGCCUGUUUACUCCAAGCUGUUGGACCUUCUCUUGAACGUCUAG